CUGCGCAGGCGCACUCGGGCCAUCCGACCCCCUGGUUGCCUUAGUGACCCCUGGUUGCCUUAGUAUCCUCCGGCGCUCUUCUGGCCAGACCUCCUGUGCCGCCAGCGCUAAAAUGGAGCCCUAUAAGCCGGACCCCGAGCUCCAGCGGUUUUACCACCGGUUGCUGUGUCCGCUGUCGCUCUUCCCCCGCAAGGCGACAUGCUCAGAAUCUCAGAAGCGCCUUCCGCCGGAGGUGCCGAUGCUGCUGCCCUUGCCGGUCUCACGGCUGACGGCGGAGUCUCUGUGCCGCCAGGUGGCCGAGCGGCUGGCCAAUAGUGGGCUGGCGGUGCGCGUGCCUACCGAAGGUCGUCUCCGUUUCACUCAGGUCAUCCUGGACGAGCUCAAGUGCAGCUGGCAGGAGCCUCCCACCGAACCUAGUCUGAACCACUUGAACAACCAGAGACUGCGAAAGCGACUCCAGGUCUACGUGCUGCUCAGCAGUGAGCAGCUUUUCCUACACUACCUGCACCUGCUGAACACCAUGUCGACCCCCGCAAGUGUCUUCACUGAAUCAGCCACGCUCACCCGUUUGACCGCCAGGCUCGCCAAGGACUGCACAAUCUUUCUUACCAGCCCUGAGGUCUAUCAUUGCUUGCUCGCCGACUUCCUCACCCUGCUGAAGAUAGAGCAGGCCCACCGCGGCAUGCACAAGCUGCGCCCUGUAGGCUCUACUGGGGCUUUCAAGCUUUUCCCUAGCCCCUUGCUUCACAGCUCCGGCUUCGCCCAAGUACCGUGCUGCACCCUCAACCUGAACUAUCUCAUCCAACUCAGCCGCCCGCGGGAGUUUCUCGGUGAGCCUGAACUGGAUCCACUGAAGGAACUGAAGUCCAUCCCGCAACUGAAGAAGAAGAAGCCUCUCCAAUGGCUGUCCUCCGUGCAGAAGAAGAGAGAAAGCGACUUCAGUUCCGCACAGAUUGUGUCACCGCCCAGGUACGCUGUGACUCCCACCAGCGGGGCUCCCCCUACCUCCCACUUGCCCCUCUGCUCCCAGUUCCAGAGGGGCCAGUCCAUGCCCUCUCUGCGGGAGGGCUGGAAGCUAGCAGAUGAAUUGGGCGUCCCUCCUCCACUCCCCCCUCGCCCCUUAACCCCGUUGGUCCUGGCUCCAGAGAGCAAACCAGAGCUGGCAGGGGACACGGUGGCUGAGGACCUGAAGCAGAUGAUAAAUAACAUGAAAUUGGAGAGGACUCACUACUCCUCACUGGACACAGGCCUGCCCCCACUCCUAGGGGCCCUGACCCGCCGCCCAGCUGCAGCACAUCGCCUGGAGGAGCUGCAGAGAAUGUUGAAGGGCCUCGAAGAGGAAGAAGCCACUGGGCAGUGGGGCCUCCAGUGCCCCAAAUCCCUUCCAUUUCAACCACAGCCGGUGACUGUUACUUUGAAGCUAGGAAAUCAGGUUGUGGUCCAAGCAGCUGCUGUGCAGGUCUCUGAGAGAAACUUUUUGGACUCCUUCCACAUUGACAGGGCCGGAGUUCUAUACAACCACCUGGCUGGUGAACUAGAACCCAAACUUAUUGAGGAAAUGGAUGUUGGUUGCUUUGUUGGCAAUAACAUCAGGGAGGUCUACAAGGAGUUGAUGAGCCGUGUCUCUCUUGACCACUUCUCUUUUGACCAGGGACCCCUCAUUGAGCCUGCAGCCAAUAAAGACUGGUCAACGUAUCUGUCCUCAGCCUUUCUACAUCAAGAAAAACAGUAUCGCAUCAUCAAUCCCAAGUUAGCUGGACUUUAUUCCCAGAGAGCAAACAUUUUACAGUCCACCUCUGAUAAGAUAUCCUCCCUCACAUCACUGCAAGCAAGCAAAGGCUGGGAGAAGUGGUCAAACAAAGCCUCACGGGUGAACUGGUGGAAAACCACCUUGUCUGUGAGUGACUACUUCAAGUACCUCACCAGCCAGGAGACAGAUUUCCUCCAUGUCAUCUUCCAAAUGUAUGAAGAGGAUGUUCCUGUGGAGGUCAAAGCCCCUGUCAGAGAGUCCAUAAAGAUUCGGCGCCCACCUCCCUUGCAGGAAGAUGAAGAACCAGACUUUGUGCCAGGAGAGUGGGACUGGAACACCGUGCUGGGUCACAGGCUAGGAACUAAGAGGAGCGGCCCCCUGGGAGAACCCUACAAAAUCCUGAAUCUGCAGAAGCGUCUGGAGCGGCUGUGGUCCAUGCUUGAGGUCCCGGACAAGGAUCGGCUGGACAUGGCCAUCAAGUACAGCUCCAACGCUCGUCUGAGGCAGCUGCCUUCGUUGGUGAGUGCCUGGGAGCAAGCCCUGAAACCCAUUCAGCUGCGGGAAAUGUUGAUGGGGAAACUGGAAUGGUUUGAGCGACAAGCCUCUGACCCCAACCGCUUCUUCCAAAAGACUGACAUGGACCUGAGUCGCUUCCUGGAGGAGAAUCGGUUCCGCAGCCACCUACACAGAAAGAUCAGUCUAGUGCAGACCCCUCUGGCUUCCCUCCUGGAGGAGAUUGAGUUAGUUUUUGGUGAGCCAGUGACCUUUAAGGGGCGGCGGUACUUGGACAAGAUGAAGCAUGACAAGGUGGAGAUGCUCUACUGGCUACAGCAGCGGCGACGCGUCCGCCACUUGGCCCGGGCUCAGAAAGCCUCCCACCAGCCAGGGCUGUUCAGAAGCUCAGCAGCCAGCCUCUAAUAGCUCCUGGGAAUACUCCCAUUAUUCUUUGACAAGGCCAAGUGCCCUCAAAUCUCCCCCUCACCCCCAAGCAUCCAGCAGAUCCUCCAGACCCCUUGGGUGCUUUAGAAGAUAAAAUAUCUAGGAGUGCAGGGUUCAGGAACAUUGUUUUCCAACUACCAAGGGACUGAGAUUAAUACUUUAUUUUGACGUGAGGUUCUCAUAAUGCAUCCCCAAGCCCAGAAGCCCAGUAUACCCCUUUAUUUCAAGCCAUGCACAAUAGGGCCAAAAUCUCAUAUAUCAAAAGAACCGAGACUCUCCCUUGGAGUUCAUUGUAAUGGGAAAUGUCAGAGGAAAACCUUCACCUUUGGAACACCUCAGCUUAGCAUUUAUCAUACUACAUUAAAUUGGCUGAUUAGAGUCCCAAAUCAA